AUGAGUCGUGGUGGUGGUGGUGCCUUGGAUCGUCUCUAUCUUGACGUGUUUGCUAAAGGGGUGACUCCAUUGCCUUUAAAGGUCUUUACUUGCAAGAGCCUUGUCGAGCUGAAACUAGGAAAAGGGUUUGUUAUUUCUAUGGGGUUAAAGAAUGUCAAGAUUCUCAACUUGACUGCUAUAACCUCAUGGAGUUUUGCUUCCUUUGCUGAAGUAAUCCCAGUGUUUGAAAACCUGUCUCGUUUAUCUGUUUCAACUGAGUACAGUUGGCAAGUUCUGCCAGUACUGCUUAAAAAGACUCCAAAUCUCGAGUCACUCAUCAUCCAGGGUUUCUCGCUCCAUGGUGGGAAAUCUAAUGGUAAAUCUCAGUACUCGCAUGAGAAUUCAUUUCUAUGGACAUGUCCUGUGAAAGUAGUAAAGAUAACCAACUUUUGGGGAACUAGUAGAGAGUUUGAGCAAAUGAACCAUUUCCUGGAGGAAUUGCCAUGUCUUGAGAUGCUCAAACUCCGUGCCCGGGCCAAAGACGAAGAAGCAAAGUUGAAACUCACCAGGGAUCUGCAAAUGCACCCCAAAGCUUGCAAGAUCCAGCUCAAGUUUUAUCCUUUCGAAACUGAGUUAAACAUGAUAAAACAUGGCUCUAUCUAG